GAGGCCAGGCAUGCCCUUCGCUUACUUCACUGACUCACAGGCUGCAUAAUUUUCAGUCAUGCUUCUGCAAACCGGAAGGAAGGAAGGAAGGAGUUAAUAUCCUGAGGCAGCCACCUAGUCGGGAGUGUUCAAGUGUGAUUGUUCUUUCAUUUCUCGACUGUGCAGAUAUAAUGCAAACACCUUGAGAAGCAGAAGUUAGAGGAGUGCCUUUGUACAGGAGAGAUUAGAAAAUGGCUGAUCCGGAAUCAAGUCUUUGUGAAGAAGUCUGUGAAGAGUUGGUGCUGAAGGACCCAAUCCCUGUGGUAAACGGACCACCAUUCCAUGAAGAAGAUUAUGAAAGUGUGGGACUGAAGAAUGUCACAGAAAAUCUGUCAGAAUCUGAAAGAAAAGACAGCCACAGCAAUAAUAACAAGCCGGGAGGUGAUCUGACUAAAAAUGAAACUAAGGGGGAGCCACCGGAUCCCAUGAGCUCAAGCAGAGAAGGGGACGCAGUGGAGGAAGAAGAGAUUCUUUGUGACUUCUGCUUGGUUGAAAAAGUACAGGCAGUGAAAUCCUGUUUGACUUGCAUGGUAAAUUAUUGCCAGGAUCACUUGCGGCCUCACUUGGAGAAUGUCAAACUCCAGACACACAAGCUUAUGGACCCACGGAAAGAUAUUGACAUAGAGAGCUGCGAAGCCCACAGGGCACAUCUCAGUUGGUUCUGCCAUGCUGACCUUACUUGCGUCUGUGAGGAGUGCCUUGCUGAUGGACACCUGGAGCACAAAGUAGAUACUUGUGAGGUGGCCAGGAAAGAAAAGGAGUAUGAACUUCUUCAACUCCAAGCAGAAUAUGACUGGAAGCUAAAGUCAGCUGAAAAUGCAAUAAUUAAACUGCAGAAAAAUUCAGAAUCCAUAGUGAAUUCAGUUUCUGAAGUGAAAACCUUGGUGGAGGAGAAAUUUGAGGAGCUACUGCAAGCUGUCAAGAAGACUCACUCUGUCGUUUUAGCAUUCCUUGAGGAGAAGGAGCGCACUGCAGUUAAUCAUGCAAAUGGAAUAAAGAUACACCUUGAGAACAAGAGAGUGACAAUGGAGGAAUGUAAGAAUAGGUUAGAGAAGAUGGCCACACACACCAAUGACAUCAUCUUCCUAAAGGAAUAUUGUGAAUUCAAGAAGAGUGAAGGAGAUGACACGCUACCCAGUGUUUAUAUUGGUCUAAAGGACAAAUUGUCAGGAAUCCGAAGGGUGGUCUCGGAGUCCACAGAACACAUUUUACAGUCACUGCAAACUUCCUAUAAGGACAAGUUACAGGAAUUUGCCAAAGAUGAGGAUGCUGGGAUAAAAACAAUGGUGUCUGCAAUUGUUCCAUCCAAGCACCGCUUAUCAGCUCCAGAACCUGAAACUAGGAGUGACUUCCUCAAAUAUACUUGCCCACUGACAUUUGACCCAAUUACGGCUCAUCGCUAUUUGAGGCUCUUGGAUGACAACCACAAAGUCACCAACACAACACCAUGGGAGCACCCGUACCCUGAUCACCCAGAGAGAUUUGAGCACUGGCGCCAAGUGCUGUCAGACAAAAGCUUAUAUAUUGGACGCUACUACUUUGAGGUGGAGAUCUUUGGGGCUGGCAUUUACAUUGGUAUGACCAACAAAAGCAUAGACCGAAAAGCUUCAGAAAGCAAUGGCUGCAUCUCAGGGAAUAACUUCUCCUGGUGCAUCAAGUGGAAUGGCAAGGAGUUCUCCGCUUGGCAUAGUGAUAUGGAGACACCCUUGAAAAGCCAGGAGUUUAGUAGGAUAGGCAUCUACCUGGAUUACCCCAGGGGUACCCUGUCCUUUUAUGGAGUUAUUUCUGAAACCAUGACACUGUUACAUAAAUUUGAGUGCAAUUUUACUGAACCUCUGUACCCAGCCUUCUGGCUAUCAAAAAAAGAAAAUAAGAUGCGGAUUGUCAAGCUGCGGGAAGAGGCGGAGCAGAGUCCAGCCCCUCCUCUUACCUCUGGAGAAGUCCCUUCAGUCAGUACAGCUCUGGCAACAGAGAGUGAAGCAGUGGCAAGUAUAAAGAUGGGUGAUUUGGGGGUGAAUCCAGUGAAUGGAUGAUUUGAUCAUGGGCAGUUGCCUACCUUUUCAUGUGCCAUUUGUAUGUCAUUAAAUAAAUGGAUCUUUAUAUAUACUUAAAUGUUUUGGUUGC